AUGUUGGAUCUGCAUUUUAUUUCAACGCUCUUAUUCGGUUUCGGCUCGGAUGUGGCGAUACCUGGUUCUAUAAGGAUACAGAAUGGGAAAAAUGGAAGCUGGGAGAUUUCUUCAGACGAAGCGAAAGACGCAUACAUCUAUACAAAUUAUACCGAUUCGAUAGUGAACAUAACAUGUCUCUCUGGGUCACUCUCUUCCUACAACUGCAAAAUUCAUCUGGACAGUAACACUUCAUCCAUUAUCCUCCAGUCUGUCUCCAUCGGCCAAGAGUUCAUCAAUUUCAACGACACAAACUCGACCGAUGACGUGACCCGAGUGAACGUUAUCAAAUCCGAAUCACUUUAUGUCUUCAACGAGGUCAUCGGAUGGAUGUACUUUGUCGCCUGGACAGUAUCCUUCUACCCACAAAUCUGGCUCAAUUUCAAGCGUAAAAAUGUUGAGGGAUUGAAUUUUGAUUUUGUGUUGCUCAACACCAUCGGAUUCGCGUGCUACAGUGCGUACAAUUUGGCGCUCUUCUUCAGCAAGAAUAUUUUCGCACAAUAUGAAGAGCGACGGCAUGAUGGUGUCAAUCCUGUCUUGCCGAAUGAUAUUUUUUUUUCUCUCCACGCGUUUCUCGCCUCUGCCUUCACUGGCUUCCAAAUUGUCAUUUACGACAAAAAUGGUCAAAAAGUAAGCAAAUUCGGUUGGUUAUUUUCCGGCGCUUGUAUUCUUGCUGCUGUUUUGGGCUGUAUCGCUCCCGCCGUUGGUAGUAUGCUCUGGCUAGAUUACCUGAUAAUUUUGUCUUCCGUCAAACUCGCCAUUACAAUUGUCAAAUAUAUCCCACAGGCUCUCAUGAACUACAGGCGAAAAUCAACUGAAGGUUGGUCAAUUGGCAACGUCUUGCUUGAUCUCACUGGAGGAUCCCUUUCAAUGCUCCAAAUGAUGCUUCAAGGCGUCAACAACAACGACUUCAGCAACAUUUUUGGCGAUCCAACGAAGUUCGGCCUUGGGCUCUUUUCCAUUCUCUUCGAUGCACUUUUCAUCGUUCAGCACUAUGUUCUUUAUCGAAACAAGCCUGGCUAUCGAGCCCAGCUUGAUGACUACAACGACUAUUGA